AGUCGCUCGCCGCUCUCAGCUUGACUCUCGCCACCACCUCGACUCUGCGCUAUACGGACGGUCACCUCAUCGUUAGCAAAGUAGGGAGCCUCAAGAUCAUAGCAAGGCGUGAUGAACAAGAUAUCUGCGGAGCGCAACCAGCGAGCCCUUUUGGAACUCGCGAAUUCGCCGGGAAACGAUGUCUGUGCGGAUUGCAAGACACGCAACCCUCGCUGGGCGUCGCACAACCUUGGGAUCUUCAUAUGUAUGAACUGUGCGAGCAUACACCGCAAGAUGGGAACACAUAUAUCGAAGGUGAAGAGCCUCACGAUGGACACCUGGACGAGGGAGCAGGUCGAGCAUAUGAAGAACAACGGUAACGUAAAGUCAAAUGCUUACUACAACCCGGACGAGAAACGGCACCCACCGCCUACAAAUAUGAUUGACUCGGAGCGCGAUAGCGACUUAGAGAAGUACAUACGAUCCAAGUACGAGUUCAAGUCUUUCAUCAGUCGCGGAGUAGCAGCAGCGGCGCUGCUAGGACCUUCAAGGUCUCUGAAUCGACCAUCGCCUGGUCCGCAGGCACGCUCACAAGCAGCCCCCGCUCCUGCGUCGACAUUGUCCGUCCCACCUCCCGUCCCUCCGAAGACGCCUUCGAAUUCCACGCCCGCACCGACCCUUGCAUCGUCAACACCAUCCCAGCCUGCGAUGACGUCUGCUCCAAGCAUGUUCUCGCACACCCAGUCCCGUCCUGUGUCUCAGCCUGUGUCAAGCUCGUUGAGAACGUCUACGCCGCAAACAUCCUUCGCGUCUGGCGUCCAGCCACAACUCACUAGUCAGCCGAUUGCUGCGCAAUCGUCAACAUGGGCCACGCUCGCUUCGCUUCAGACACCCUCUAGUUUUACUCAACCCUCCUUUAGUCCAUCUCAACCGCUCCAGCCUCCUCAGAUGCAACCGAGUCCUUCCCCAUUCUCGGCGUCGCCCCUGCCGAACGUGUACUCGGGCAUCUCGGCUUCGCCCAGUUCACCCUUCCCUUCUUCCGUCUCUUCAUUCGCGACUGGGGCCAGCCAGGGCGGUGUCCCGCGUAGCAUGAGCCUCGGUACGGGACUUGCGCUCAACGUUAACGUCGGCUCUCCAAUGGGUUCAAAUCUGACUCCCGGCGGUGCAUCGCCAUACCAGGCGUCGGCGCCGCUGGGCAUGUCUUCGCCGUUUCAAUCUAGUCCGUCGCCGUUUCAGCAACAACCUGCCAGCGCACCGCCUUUCCAGCCGCAGCCCACUCUCGGGCUCGGAUUGUCCGCACCGAGCGCAAAUCCCUACGCAGGGCUGUCGGCGAGCCCGGUAGGUAGCGGGGCGUUCGCGGGGCAGCCGACGGGGGCCUUCCAGCCACAGUCGUCUCCGUAUAUGCAAACAAGUGCCCUGCAGCCACAGCCGUCCCCACAGCCGUUGCUCUUCCAACAGCAGUCGCAGAUGUUCCAACAGCAGAUGCCCAUGCAGCCUGCUGUCGUGACGAACCCAUUCUUCCAGGGCCAGCCGCAGUCGCAGCAGUUCUCACCGUCGCCGUUCGGCCAGCCGCAGAUGCAGCAGCCAAUGUACACUACCAACAACCCGUUCAAUGGGUGGCAGGGCCAGCAACAACAAACGGGUUUUGCGGGGCAGCAGUGGAAUGGCAUUUGAGUGCGACCAUGCGAGUGACUGGUGAUAUAUACGGACCGUAGUGUAUCGUACAUCACUUGCGAGCGUCAUUGACUUCUAAAAUGGCAGGUAAUAACAUGAGCUGGGUCGCAGGAAGCAGCUCAGUGGAUGUAGGGAUCCGCGCUUCUUUGUAUAGUAAAGUAGUUCGGUUGUUCCCGUGUUCGCUGCCAUGCGAAAGCUACACGCCGCUGCCAUCCUUAGUGUCUGGCCCAGUGUCGGAACGAGUUGGCCGUCGACAGCUAGUGUACAUGACACGAGAUGCUUCUACUAGUACUUAUGUAACGACGUUCAGACUUCAGCGGAUCAAUAAAGUCGUUGUAGCUUUGCACUUAUGCAUGUGUAGCAUGGUUGUUGUGUCGUCGUAC